AUGUCGAAAGGUAAUAAAUUAGAAUUGGAGGAAACACAAGUAGAUGAAGUAACGGAAUUUGUAUCUGAUGAAGCACCGGAUCGUGUAAAUAUUCGACGUGAUCCACUUUUUGAUGAUGUAAAGAUUAAGGCAUUUCAUCGUAGACAUCAUCAGCUAUUAAAGCCACCACAUCGACGGCAACCGCAGCAACAACAACAACAACAACAACAACAUGGCGGUAAAAAGCUUUCGCCAAUCAAUAAAGCACCAGAAAAAGGAAAGGAAAAGAAUGAAAGCGCAGGUAACGUAUCGGAGGAAAAAGGUUCACAUAUGGCAGAAAAUAAUAAUGUCAUUCGAAGUGAGAAAGAACAGUUAAACUCAACUGAAAUUACAUUUUCCCAUCAAACACAACUUCAUUCUCUUUAA